UGUAGGAUCUCAGUAUGUAAACAUUACUUUCCAAUGAAGUAAUACUUUAGAUUUAAAAAACACACCCAAAAAAAGAGUAAAACCCACUGUCAUGAUGACAAGUUAGUUAAUUCCUCUGUUGCGAAAGACUGAACCCGCCUCCCUGAACCGAGAUGGGCACCCAAAAAAAGAUCCAAAUAUCGUUUGAGUUGACGACCGAAAAGGAGUGGCGGGAAUUCAUCCAUCGCCCGGGCCUCAUCGUCGUGGACCUGUACCGCGACUGGGCUGGACCAUGCGUCGCUAUGGGAACCCCUCUAAAGAACCUCAAGACGUCCGAGGCGGCGUUCCAGUGGAUGCAGCUGGCCUCCGCGCCGUCCAGCAUCGUGCCGGACCUGAGGCGCCUCCAGGGCUCGCGGCCCACCUUCGUGCUGCUGUCGGGGGGGCGCCUCGUCAACGUCAUCUUCGGCUGCCGCGCGCCGGAGGUCAUCCGCAUCAUCCAGGAGGAGAUUGAGAGGGAGAAGCGCGCCGCGGAGGGCCUGGAGAAGCGCAAGACGGUGUCGCUGACGCGGCUGUCGCCGGCCGAGGUGGCCAUGGAGGAGGGGAUGAUGGGCACGGAGGGCGCGCGCCUCCGCGCCGAGCUCGACGAGGCCCAGCUCAAGGCCGACCGCGUGCUGCGCCGCAUCCUCGGCCAGAUCGCCGAGCACCUCCCGAACACCACCAUCGUGGUCGUGUUCCCCUACGCGCUGCAGUCCGAGACCUGCAAGGAGAUCGUGGACGCGCUGCGGGAGUCCUGGGCGCAGCAGGGCAUCGCCGUGACCCGCGAGGACGAGGUGGAGCUGGGCCCGGACGCCGUCAACCUCAUGUUCUGGGAGCGCCGCCUGCCGCAGCACGACGUGCUGGCCGACAGCGUGACGCAGGGCCCGUCGCUCGUGCUCAUGCUGGAGCGCGCCGCGGAGGAGGCCGAGGAGGAAGCCGAGGACGAGGAGGAGGAGGAGGCCGCCUCCGCUCUCAACGUGGAGACCGCCGUCGCCAAGUCCAUCUACGGCUUCUUGCCGGGCACUGGCUCCUCCAUGGAGCUCAUCACGCCCGUGGAGAGUCUGUCCCCCGCGGGUGAGGAGGAGGAGGAGGACACUGUGCUGCCGGACGAGGGCGCCGAGAACGCCGAGAACGCCGAGGCAGACGCGGAGGAGGACGAAGGGAAGGGCCAGGAAGAGGAGGCGGUAGAGGAAGGAGACCAGGCUGCGGAAACGGAGGAGGUCGAAGGAACUGAGAGGGAGGAAGCGAACGAGGACGAGCAAGAAGACGAGGGUGAAGGCGAAGGGGAGGCGGACCCGGCAGCGGGGCAGGGGACGGUGGAAGUCCCCGACCGCGACGAGGAGGAGUGCGAGGACGAGGGCUGGGAGGACGGCGAGGAGGAGGAGGACGAGGACGACCUGAUCCCGCAGCCGGAGGUGCGCGUCUGGAACCCGCGCGAGUUGCUGCCCGCGCUGGACAGCGCCGCGGCCAAGCUGCUGUUCCGGCGCGACGAGAAGGGCCCCGUGCUGCCGGGCAUCUGGACGCCGCUCACCGCGCUGUCGAAGGCCGCCGCCGUCAAGGCGCUGUUCGAGGACGUGGCGGAACCGCUGUUCGACCCGCCAACGCCGCCGCCCCCGCCGCCGCCAGAGUCCACCGUCAUCUGCUUCUCCGGCGACAAGCGCGACGAGGUGCUGCAGCUGUCCGAGGCCUUCCCGUCGGACGUCACCCGCUGCGGGUUCUUCACCAAGGGCCGCAAGCUGCUCGCCAGCUCCAGGCCGGACUACGAGAAGCUGGUGCGCGGCGGCCUGCAGACGGCCAAGACCCUGGUGGUGCUGGAGGUGACGCGCACGCGCGCCACGCCCGGCAUCGCCAAGGCCGACGUGGAGGAGUUCUUCGGCGCCAAGUGCGUGCACGCCAACAAGGACGACCUGCAGGAGAUCGUCAAGGCCCACGAGGAGGAGGAGGAGGAGUACGUGGUCCCGGCCAAGAGGCCGCGCCCUGUGCCCGAGGACGCCGACGCCGCCGGGCCAGCGACCGACGCGGAGCAGCCCCCCGAGGCCGAGCAGGCUCCCAUCGUCGGCGAGGUGCUGCCCGAGGCCGGCGAAGGACUGGGCGUCGGCCCGGACGCCGGCCCCGACGGCGCCGGGGAGGGCGAGGUCGUCCUGGAGGCCAUGAACGACCUCCCCGUCGAGGACGUGGCGAGCGCGCGAGGGCCGCCACCAUCUUCGCCAACAACAUCCGCAUCAUGA